GGUGAGGGACAGGGAGGCCUGGUGGGCUACAGUCCAUGGGGUAGCACAGAGUCAAAUACAACUUGGUGAUUGACCAACAAGCAGUUAAGUAUUGGAGAUUUUCUAUGAUUCAACCCCACCCUAGAUAUCAAUACCUCAUAGUUUUCAGAGUUCACAAUCCAGGGCUUACCAAUCUCAUUCAAUUAACACUUUCUGCUUACAGACAAAUGGAAUGGGAAAACCUGACCAGUGUCUCAGAAUUUUUCCUUCUGGGACUCUCCCAACAGCCAGAGCAGCAGUGGCCCCUCUUUGGUCUAUUCCUGUCCAUGUACUUGGUCACAGUGAUGGGCAACCUCCUCAUCAUUCUGGCCAUCACUGCUGAUGCUCAACUCCACACUCCCAUGUUCUUCUUCCUGGCCAACCUCUCCCUCACUGAUACCUGCUUCAUUUCUACCACAAUCCCCAAGAUGGUGGCAAAUCUAUGGGCCCAAAAUCGUAUCUCCUACACAGAGUGUCUAUCACAACUGUAUUUUUUCUUGAUGUUUGGGAUGGUGGAGGCAUUCCUCUUGGCUGUCAUGGCCUAUGACCGCUACAUGGCCAUAUGCUACCCACUCCACUACAUCAUGGUCAUGAGCCCUGGCCUCUGUGUCCUCCUAGUGUCUGCAUCCUGGGUCAUGAACGCCCUCCACUCCCUCCUACACACACUCUUGAUGAGCAGACUGUCCUUCUGUGCAGACCAAGAGAUUGCACACUUCUUCUGUGACAUCAACCCCCUUCUGAGUCUGUCCUGCACAGACCCCUUCAUCAAUGAACUGGUGAUCUUCACUGCAGGGGGUCUUAUGGGCCUGGUUUGUGUGCUUUGCCUGGUUAUCUCUUAUGCAUACAUCUUCUCGACAAUGCUGAAGAUCCCCUCAGCUCAGGGGAAGCUGAAAGUCUUUUCCACCUGCAGCUCUCACCUCUCUGUGGUCUGUCUACACUUUGGGAGUUCCUUUUGUGUUUACUUCAGCCCCCUCUCCAACCACUUGGCACAGAAGGGCGCAGUGAUGUAUACAGUGGUAACCCCGAUGCUAAACCCCUUUAUCUAUAGUUGGAGGAACAGAGACAUCAAGUCUUCCCUGAAAAAGCUAAUGUGGGCUAGGAAAAUUCAUUCCCCUUAGUGGGAAUGACUUCACAUCUAAUAUGGGGGUCCCUACCCAAUUACAUUCACCACAAUUAAGCAGGGAAGAAUGAGAAAGGGAGAAAAAGUUGGGAAUCUCACUUCUAAGACCUGUGAUCUGAACUUGAAAUAUUCAUGCCUAAGCUACAGGACACAUUAGAACAAACUCAUUAUCAGGGCAAUAUCAUCAGCUUAAGUUCUUACAAUCAUAAUGUUCUAGAAUUAUAGCCAUCCAGUUGUAUAAUAUUGUAAAGGAUGUGCUUGAAUCUUUUGAAACCACAUGAGAUAGUGCAUGCCAAAAUAAGGGAAUAUUUGGUUGUGCUACUGCAUGUAGCCAAGAAUAACUCCAGGAAAAAAUAACUUUUUCCUGCCAUCACUGGGACCUUGGUGACUUAGACCCCUACCAGUAGCAUUUUAACUCUGAGACUCUCCAUGUCUGUGACACCCCUAGGCUGAAAGAACAGACACUGGGACUGGGA